AGUUCGCUGGGCGUGGUUUUUGGCAGUUCGCCGCUACAAUAUUCACAUGUCCUCUCCUUCAUCUAAUAGUCAGUGAAAAAUUUAAUCCCCGGAAAGCCAACGGGGCUCACGCUACGAAAAGGUGGGCUGAGACCUUCAUGGAUAGCUUCCUUCGCGUUCGGCGCCUGUCGAGCUUCAAAUCAUCCGCGAUGAAUUAUGACGACGACUUGAAUGAGUAAUGGGGGUGUAUUAUCUGGAGAACGUCUGGAAUGUAGAUCGUCUUAUCUAGUAUGAUCGUCAUGUAUCGUACUGUGAUUGGUAGCUUGGCCGCGUGAACCUAUACGAGACCGCUGUCACAGACCGCAAAAUUCGUUGGAAUCUUGCCCAGCAUCUGCCACUUGGGAACGUCUUUGUUCCAAAAAUGCUCUGUGGGCCAGUGUAACGUGACGGGGUCAAAGAAUACACAGAUCGGUUGGGGAUGGGGAGUCUGCGGAGUCAUUUGUAGUAGGAGAAAAACCAUGUUCUCAGCGGCGUUUUCCGUGUGGUUGGCAUUGCUCAGCAUGAGUAAUGCCGACGACAGGAAAUUAAAACUACACAAGAAGAAAGCAAUACCCCCAAUGGAAGUUCCCCUGCCUGGCGUUUCCAUAAUCAAGCCCUUGACUGGUGUAGAUCCCAACCUCUUCAGUAACCUUGAAUCAUUCUUCACACAGAACUACCCAGUGUUUGAGCUCCUGUUCUGCAUUCAAGACGAGAGUGACCCAGCAAUCAUGCUCGUCAGCAGGCUCAUGGAGAAGCAUCCCAUGGUCAACGCACGCAUGUUUAUAGGUGGUCGACCGGUCGGAGUGAAUCCAAAGAUCAAUAAUAUGCAACAAGGCUACGAAGCUGCCAUGUAUGAACUCAUCCUCGUCUCAGACAGUGGACUUCGGAUGAAAGACGACACAUUACUGGACAUGGUGCUCUCCAUGACGGACGAUGUAGCUCUGGUGCACCAGAUGCCUUUUGCCUGUGAUAGAAAAGGAUUCCCUGCCAUCUUGGAGAAGGUGUACUUUGGAACGGCGCACGCGCGCAUCUACCUGUCUGCAGAUUUGCUGCGGGUUAACUGCGCGACAGGAAUGUCGGCACUUAUGCGGAAGAAGCUGCUGGACGAAGUAGGGGGCAUCCAGGCCUUUGCACAGUACUUGGCCGAGGACUUUUUCUUUGCCAAGUCUUUUGAAGACAGGGGCUGGAGAAUUCGCAUCAGCUCCCAGCCGGCCUGGCAGAAUUCAGGAGUCUGCGAGGUGGGAACAUUUCAGACGCGCGUUACCAGGUGGGCAAAGCUGCGCUUUGCCAUGCUGCCGCACCUCAUAAUCUUGGAGCCGCUUUCGGAGUGUAUGGUGCUUGGCAUGUGCGUUGCCUGGGCAACGAGCGUUCUCUUUGACUGGGAUGCAUUUGCUGUUUACCUGCUCCACCUCCUCGUCUGGUUUCUGCUAGACUGGAUGCUGCUCAGCAUCGUUCAGAAUGGGCUACUGCCUUUCAGCAAGUGGGAGUUUGUGGUGGCCUGGACAUUCCGUGAGUGCAGUGCACUCUAUCUGUUCCUGCACGCACUGUGGGACCCAACGAUCCGAUGGCGAGCAGGGACUUUCCGCCUCCGCUGGGGCGGCACCGUGGAAGUGGUCAAGCCCAGCAGCUAGGAAGACAUUAGGUGUACAUAUCGCACGGACGGUGUUUUGUCCCCCUCUUUCUUGUUUUUGCAUCUGUUCUCUGUUUUGAGAGACGAGCUGUUACAUUUUGUACAUUGUUGCCCGCUUGUACAUAGGUUUUUUGACAUGAAAGUAUUACUGCCAUUUGAGAGACAAGUGUGCUUGUGCAGCAGACCAAAACUGUUGGUCUUAUUUUAUCACAGGUAGUACAUCCCAUUAGUUGGUCAUGGGACUUUAGAGGGACACUCAAAUGGUAGAUAUGAACAAUCUUUUUCUCAUACUGUUAAUACAAUCGCAUUAGCCUGCCCAGUCAGUUCGAUCUGCCCUUAUAUCCUUGAAUUGUCGGGUUCGAAUGGGGAUUUAAGAAAGCUUGACAGUCCAAAUUGUCAUAUAGGUAUUUAUUUAUGGGUCUUUCUUAGGCCUUGGAAUAUUUGUGUGGAGUGUUCCUCCUAAAGUUGUGUGGCUCCAUUCUGUGGUGUCACAAUACGUUUUUUUUUAACAUUGUGUGUCUCAUUCUAGUGGCAGAGUAGAGUAGGUUACCUGUAGAAGAUUAUUUGAUAGUUUUAAACUUUUCUAGUACGCUUAUACUUUUUUUUACGGGACUAGUUGGGACAGCCUUGAGCGCGGUCCCUUUGAAAACGAUUCUUGAAGGACCCAGCAGACUCAGAAUCCACCGUGAACACUUCGGGUCAAUUUGUGCCAUUAGGAAGAUUAAUUAAUGAGAACUGAAAAAAAAAAAAGGACUUUUAGUCCCGUUGACCAUAGGUCUGGCAUGUUUAGCGACGCAACUGGAAUGGCAUUGAGAUUACAGGGAAUGACUCAACACUCGUGAAUGUGCAACUUACGGUUCACUCUAUACAGAUUUUUGCAUCAUUGCUCCAUGGGUGCUUGACUGUGGUUGCAGCAUAUUGGGUGAUGAUAAUAAUGAAAUGAAUGUUUGCACACAGGAGGUAAUUUGACGAACAGUAAUAAGCGUAACGCCGGUCGGUAUGUGAGGUACCACGUUAGCUCUUCACGUUCUUCCUUCAAGCUAUUCCAGGUGUGUGACUCCGCAGACAUGUUCGCACAAACUGCAGAUAGAAAUGCGCGUUCAGGAGGAAGGGACGGAAAGCGACCACAAUCGAGUUCUUACGUGUGUGCGCUACGAAAGGCAUGGAACUGCUGCGGGUAGAGCGCUUGGUUCCCGUGCCCAUUUUUCGGACGCUAUUAAUACUCGCACCCGCAGCUCAAAAGUGACCAACGCUGGGUUUUGAUUCUGGUGGCGACCUUUUUGCACCUUGGCAUCAAGUGGCGCACUCCUAGAAUUUGUGCAGUCUCGUGUGCAGCCUAAUUGAUCCUCAUAGGCAGUUUUUUCCUCUAGUCACAGACGGAGCAGUUGGAGGGAUGUAUAGGGAAAGAAAAAAGAGGUUAGGCCUGUAGCUGAGUGGUAGUUUCACCGCUAGUCAAGGGAACACUACUCAUGGUCACACAACGGCCAUAGUGGUUUUUGGGCCAUUGCCAAGUAGAGAGAAGGGGUGGUAGGCAGUGUCCGAGCUUGCCACAAAUGUAUUUUCGUUUUUCUGCCUAGCUUCAUAUCUGAAUCGGAAACAAAAUACAUAACAAGAUGUAAUUGGUACUGAUACUAGUGUUUCACUUAAAACUAGGUGGUGCACUUCAGAGCAGUGCGACUUUUGGAACAUUUGAAAUCUCAACUCAACGUCGAACAAACUAAGAAAAGGUGUUUAUUCGAAAGAACGCUAUUUCGUUGGUGCAGAUCAAUCCGCUUUGUAGCGUUGUUCUUUAGAAAUAUAGCGGGAGGCAAAGGUUUAUAGAAUGCGAUGAGUAUGUUUUGUUUGCUGUGGCAGUCAUUACGUGAUUUCUCACAGCUUGUAACAGUACAAGGCACCUUCUGAUUUGAGAGAUUAUAUAAUGUGCACCCAUUGUGUGCACGCAAGUGCUCCCCCCCACCCCCACCCCUAUCAGUUGUGUUGUUUGAUCUUUGCCAUCUUUCUCAGUCAUUCCAUGUGUGAGUAGAGAGUACGGGGAAUUUAGAUGUGGACUAAUGUUAUUUGUGUCGUAUAGCAUACUUACUUUUGUGCUCGGUCCGUAUUGUGUGCGCAGAAUGUAGUUAUUUUCUUUUAUUUCUCUCUCUUUCUUUGUUUUUAUUUUCUUUUUUUUUAGCCAGUAGCUCCUAAGUUAAAUAUUUGGGUCAGGUCAGGUCAUCCAAAAGCGAGACCGUGCAAAUAGGGAGAAUUUGGAAUAGCAUAGAGCAUUGCAUAAAAGCUGACUUUGAUAUGUUGAAUGAUUGACUCUAUACAACUCUAGCAGGAAGAAGCAGUUUGCAAAUGCAGUAACCUGAAGGCACACUGUUUUACGAAUAUGUGCAACCGAGCUUGCACACGAUCUGCAAUAUUUGCAAUUAAAACGAUACAAUGUUAUGCUGGUCAGCACCAUAUUUCUGUGAGGCACAGGUUACAGUACGUUGCAACGUAAACAUAUGUGGGAUCAACAGGAGUGAAAGAACGUUCAGGCGUCAUAAAAAAAAAAUACUGUUGUGACAAAAGUGCAAAGGCUACGCUUCAAAUCGGCACGUGCGUACUCAUGAGAAAUACGUUUUCCAGAAGACAGUUUUUCCCUUAUCGAGUACAGCACAAAAAAAAAGUAAAACAACAUUUGUGUUUCAAUAUCUGAAUAUUGGCAAAGCUGGGAGUAAUUUUUUUGUUUGACGGGAGGAGCUGCAAAAAGUACAAAACGCGCAGCACGUGCUAAGUGAAAGAAGCAACAACACGCUGGCGAGUUGGUCAUGGUUAAUAAAGUAACCUGUCGAGUGAUUGGAGGUUUAAGAUGUGUCGUGCUCGAAUGUUAAAGCUUCCAGUGUUAUAAUUUAAGGAGGUUCGCCCUGAUUGGCUGGUCCAACAGGGUCUUUGUUGCCCCCAAACCUUUCCAGUAAUGAAUCGGGAAGCCAGUUUCUGUGUCUUGAGUUUUUGUGGCUUUAUAAAGUGAGUGUCAUUCAAGAAUAAAGUUGUACCACAGAUUUA